CAGAUGGAGAAGAUUGUGUUCUACGAGGACCGGGACUUCCAGGGGAAGUCCUACGACUGCAAAGGGGACUCAGCUAAUCUGGAUGGCUACAUCCACCGUUGCAACUCGGUCAAGGUAGAAGGUGGCUGGUGGGUUCUGUACGAGCGCAACAACUAUACAGGCUACCAGUAUGUCAUUGGUCCAGGGGAGUACGAUGACUACCGCCACUGGAUGGGCUUCAAUGACUGUGUCAGAUCCUGCAGGAUCAUCAGAAAUGCCAAAGGCCCAUGCAAGCUGCAGUUGUUUGACCGGCCAAACUUCGAUGGCAAAUCUUUGGAGGCGACAGACAGCAUGAAGUCUUUCCAAGAGAAGUGGCCCAGGCAUGAAGUCCAUUCCUGCAAGGUUCUGGAGGGCUCUUGGAUUUUCUUUGAACAUCCCAACUUCUCUGGUCGUCAGUACCUGCUGGAGAAAGGCGAAUACCGACACCACUUAGAGUGGGGAGCUCUGAAAGCAACUGUGGCCUCCAUCAGAAAAAUCAUGGAGCUGUGAAGCUCAACCAGUUAAAGUUACUUGUGAUGUUAUACAUUGCAAUAAAUUGAUUU